GAAGGUGCUUCUGCUCGAAAAACACAGACUCCAGCAGCACAGCCUGUACCACGACCAGUUUCUCAAGCAAGACCCCCUCCAAACCAGAAAAAAGGAUCUCGAACUCCCAUAAUCAUUAUUCCAGCAGCCACAACCUCUUUAAUAACGAUGCUUAAUGCAAAGGACCUUCUCCAAGAUCUGAAGUUUGUACCAUCAGAUGAAAAGAAGAAACAAGGCUGUCAACGAGAGAAUGAGACUCUGAUACAGAGAAGGAAGGACCAGAUACAGCCUGGGGGAACGACAGUCAGCGUUACUGUACCUUAUCGAGUAGUAGACCAACCUCUGAAGCUUAUGCCACAAGACUGGGAUCGUGUGGUGGCAGUGUUUGUACAGGGUCCUGCUUGGCAGUUCAAAGGCUGGCCUUGGCUCUUGCCUGAUGGAUCACCUGUUGAUAUCUUCGCAAAAAUUAAAGCUUUUCAUCUCAAAUAUGAUGAAGUUCGUCUGGAUCCAAAUGUACAAAAAUGGGAUGUAACAGUGUUAGAACUAAGCUACCACAAAAGACACUUGGACAGACCAGUAUUUCUACGCUUCUGGGAAACUUUGGACAGGUAUAUGGUAAAGCACAAAUCUCACUUGAGAUUCUGAAUCCUUCAGCUGCCAUUUAUUUCCUGAAGUAUGGAUUGAGAAAAAUGAAAGGGGCUCCAGUUUGGAGACCAGAGCUCGCACUAUAUGAUAUGUCAAGAACUUUACAAAUGAAGAAGGGUCACAGUUUAAACUUUUUAUAAAAUCUUGUUUGGAUGCUUCAUGCUAUGGCAGGUUGAUACCUGUUGUUAUUCAGAAGCAAAGGGGUUUUGCUUAAAACUAUUUUUUUAAUGUUGUUAGCCUUCUAGUCUGCAAUCCAAAUUGUAUAUUUUGAUAGCAGCAGUUUCUUCUCCGUUUUGUUAAAUUAGCCACAUUUUUAAAUAAUGUGUUUUGUUCCUUAUUAGAAAAUAGAUUGAUCUUCACUGCAGGUUACAAAUGUGGAUGUAUGCGUGUGCGCAUGUGCGCACGUGUGUGUGUAUAUAUAUGUGUGUGUGUGUCUAUAUAUAUAAUGUAUAAAAAAAAUUAUGGACACACUUAUGCACACAUAGAUGUUAUCAGGCUUUCUAAACCACUUAGCUUCUGAGCUUAGUUUUGGUUUUCUUUGCUUAUUGUUUCACUUACUCAAAAUAUUUUGUUGUGAAUGAUAUUACAUUUUAGUCAAUAGGACUUGCAAGCUGAGCAAAGUUGAAAAAUUGUUUUGGAUAAAUCAAAAUGUCAACUUGUAUAUGUAUAUUCUGUCAGUCUUUGUUGAAAAAGGGAAGGAGAAAAAUCUAGAAACACUUUUUUGGAUUUGUAAUGUCCCAGUUUACUAAAUCUUUAAACUUUAUUAUAGAAAUACCUUCAAGUCAUGUUAACUUUAAAUUACCAUUCUCCACACAGGUAUCUUUAUUUAGACUGAAAGUGUGCAUGUGUACAUUCCCAUCUAUCAAAAUACCUUUACAUAUGAGUCUAAAUGUUACCUACAUUAAACAAUGAAUAGAGAAGAAGAGAGUCUGGAUUUUUUUUCCUGAAACAACCACCACAAGGAGUGAAUAAUUUUAACUUCUGUGCGUUUAUACCUCUGUUACCACCUCUGAUAUUAUUUUCUUGUGACAAAAGUAGCCCAGACUAUGCCUACAGGAGUUGUAAUUUUCUGAGAUGAGUGGCUACCUAACAGUCCUGCAUUGGAAUGGAAAAUGAGCCUACUCCAGUUACCAAAGAACAGAUUUCCUUGAUCUACAGUAUGACUGAGGCCAGAAGACCCUGCUAUUUGUAUGAAUUGAUGGUAUCUCUGUAUCUAUUUGAUAACAUUUAAGUUGAUGUUGCCUACCAGUGGAUGUAAAGAGUGAUCAGAUACUGUAACACCUGCAUGAAUUUUUUUUCUGGGAUAGAAAAUUCAUGUUUAUAUUCCUGUUCUUGAAAUUCCAAGCCAUGUUUUUUAAUAUACUUUACUUUUAAGGUUUGAUGAAAGUAAAAUGUUCUACCUGUUCUUCUCUAGUUUUGCUUUUUAUUUGAUGUUACCUUCUUUUUUUUUAAUAAAACCAGAAGGCACAUCUCUUUAAGAGGUUUUUAAAACUAUGUCUUAAAAUUUGAGGUCUUGUGAGGUCUGACUUUUAACCCUGCUAUAUCAAGACUACUAUUUUUAAAUAGUCUUAAUGGAAAUGUUAAAAAAAC